UGUCCGUCUGGGGAGUUCACUAACAUUUUGGUGGCGGCGGUGAGACCGUCUUCCUCAUUGUGUCCUAGGGUCAAGUGUGUCCACACCAACAGCGCCACCUAGCCACAUGGCCGACACGGAGCACGACGAACUGGAGAUGACGGACGGCGAGGCUAAGCGGGGUCUGCUACAGCCGGCCCCCAACGGCAGUGUCAACGACGACCACAUCGCCUUCAGCAACGAUGUCGGCGACCAGGGUGAAAAUGGCGGCGAACAUCCACAGACGGAAGAGGUGCCCACGUCACUGCGCGUGCGCCGAAAGGUCAAGGAGUCGUGCCGCAAGUGCUUCUCUAUGAAGACACUUAAGCGGAAGUUGCCCAUCAUCCAGUGGCUGCCCAAGUACAGGCUAAACCAUUUCCAGUGUGACCUGAUCGCCGGUCUGACGGUGGGUCUCACUGUCAUCCCCCAGGGUCUGGCUUAUGCUGUCGUCGCAGGGCUUCAGCCUCAAUACGGCCUGUAUUCGGCAUUUAUGGGCUGCUUUGUAUACAUGUUUAUGGGCACUGCCAAAGACAUCACGCUGGGCCCAACAGCCAUCAUGUCUCUGCUGACAAACACAUUUGCAGCAUCAACUGUGGAAAAUGACCCCACCAUGGCCAUCGUAUUGACUCUGUUUUGUGGCUUAAUCCAGCUUGCCAUGGGUCUUCUGAACUUAGGUAUACUGGUCAGCUACAUCUCUCAUUCGGUCAUUAAUGCCUUCACUUCUGCUGCUGCCAUUACCAUUGCAGUUGGCCAGAUCAAGAGCAUCUUGGGACUGAAGAAUAUUCCACAGGAUUUUAUGCCAAUGGUGUACUACACAUGUAAGCAGAUCCCACAGACAAAAAUAUGGGACAUGGUGAUGGGUCUAGUUUCUAUGGUGGCACUUUUUGCACUGAAGAAACUUCGUGAGAUCAAGUGGAAGGACCAGAAUGACCCAGAGAGACCAGUCAGACUUUAUGUUCGAGCUGCUCGCAAGUUUCUCUGGCUUGUUGGAACAGGUGCAAAUGCCAUCGUGGUGAUUGUGGCAGCCGGGGUUGCAGCUGGUAUGUUAAGUCAUAACAUCAACGUCUUCUCGCUCACUGGCAAGAUCACCCCUGGUAUUCCUAACUUUGAGCCACCAGCGUUUUCCAACCCAAGUAUCAACCUCACUACCCCAGUGGUUUUUGAGAAAAUUGGUGCAGGUUUUGUUAUUGUGCCGCUCUUGGGUAUUGUGGAGGCCAUAGCUAUUGGAAAAGCUUUUGCACGCACCAACAACUACAAGAUUGAUGCUACACAGGAGUUGAUAUCAAUCGGAGUUGCCAACAUUCUCAGCAGCUUUGUACAUUCCUACCCUGUUACCGGUAGUUUUUCAAGGACAGCUGUGAAUUCACAGAGUGGUGUUAAAACUCCAGCUGGUGGCCUUUUCACUGGUGUGCUAAUCCUGUUGGCACUGCAGUUCCUGGUGAAAUAUUGCUACUACAUCCCCAAGUCAGCGCUAGCGGCUGUUAUCAUCAUGGCUGUCAUUCAGAUGGUAGACUACAAAAUCGUUCCUAUCCUCUGGAGAACAAACAGUAUGUUAAUAGAGCUGCUGAUACAUCUGAUUACCUUCGUGCUUUCUUUUGUUUUGGGUAUUGAGUAUGGCAUACUGAUUGGUGUUGGACUGUCCCUUCUUCUGCUCUUGUACCCAAUGGCACGACCUCGACUUCAGGUGACACAGAAGCAGGGCAUUGUCAUCAUACAGCUAGAUCAAGGUCUUUUCUUCCCAGCUGUGGAGCAUGUGGAGGAGAAGAUCAUGAAAAUGGCUCUGGAAGAUGAGAAGCCUAAAGCUGUUAUUGUGGAUAUGAGCCAUGUGUUUGGAGUAGACUACACAGCAGUCCAGACUUUCAAGUCUUUACUGGCAGAUGCUUCACGUCAUUCUGUGCGCAUUAUUUUCUGCCAGAUAAGGCCACGGGUCAUGAAAGAUAUUCUAAAAGCAGACAUUUCUAAGCUGAAGACAUGUGGCACAGUGGAGGAGGCUUUAGAAGAACUCUGUUCACAAGGUCAUGAGCUGCAUGAAGAAGUGCAACCUUUCAUUAGCCGCUUGUAAACCUGUGUCCUGUCUUCUUUGCCUGCACAAAGCUGUUACUUCAUGCCCUGUCUGCAGUGAGACCCAGGGUUUGUGCAGCCUUUCAUUGUGAGUGUCAUGAGGGACAUAUUCGCUGGAUUGUUUCAUCACGGACACCCUUCAAAAGAAUGUGAAUGCAAGUGCCCAGGACAACUGUGUUGGUGAUUAUGUGUGGAACUCAAAAAAUGACUGAAGAUUCAGAGAUACUUGGACCUGACCUUGUCCUGAGAAAACAUCCACGCAUCUCUCCAACUCACCUUGUAGUUUUCUAGCAUCCACAAAAAUCUCAACAAUGAACUUUUGCAUUUGUGAAAACACACCUAACACUUGGAAUCAAUAUUUUUGGCAUAGGCCAGUGUGAAUGUCAGGAUGUUCGCUAGGGCCAUAACAUUGUUGCAAUAUUUUUUGUCUUUUUCUAAAAAAGAAUUUUAAAGGAUUUUUUUAGGGUUGGGGAUGUAGGAGAUGUCUCUGUAAAAUUAUUGCUACAAAAACCAUUAUUCUUUCAAUUAUUGGAAAUGUAGCACAUCUAUUUGUAGUAUUACUACACAAAGCUUCUCCAUUCUUUCAUUGAUACUUUUUAAGGAUGUGUGGUAACAGCUGUUAAGCAGGCUCCAAACUAAGCCAGAUGCUGUAUUCCUUUUAUAAAGUUUAAUGUAAUGACACCUGCUUUUUAUUGCAGAUAACUGAUCGUUAAAAAGAAUCUGUAGUCUAGCAGUCUUUACAGCUGUUGCUGCUAUAUAUAGUUAGCAGGAAAUGAAAUUCAAACUAAUGGUACAAUUUUAAACAAAAGCAAAAGUUACUGGUGCAACAUUAAUUCAGACAUUUGUUUUUCUGCUGUGUACUUAACGAAGAGAGCAUGCUUGAGAAUGUAUCAUCAAUAACUCUGUCAGUGACAAAGAUAUGUUAUUCGGACUGCUAUUAUCAAUGUUUGGCUGACAUAUUGUCACCAUCCUUAUUCUGUCACAUGUAUGUGUUGUGAUGUUGUAAUCCGCCAGACAGCUUGGAUAUAUAUAUACUUGAGAACAACUUGAAGUUUAUUUUUGAUGUGUAGGGGAUCUGUGUCACAUUCCCUAAAAUUAAUCAUUGCCUUGCCAUUGUUGCUGUUGCGAUGUAUUUUUUUAUAGAUGUAUACUCUGCUGUAUAUUGAUCAUUAUGAAAUCCAUUUGGGGUCUUUAUGCACAAAGAAUAGAUUAAACUUUACUUUUAUAUAUAAAAUAAUGUUCUUGGCCAAAGUGUGCCUUUGAUAUUAACGUAGCAGAAACAACAGUUUGCAGGUAUGAGUUGUAGAAAUGGUUGCUCUUUCAGCAUCACAGUUUCAUAAAGAAGUAAAUAAUCAAAGUAUGCAAGUAUUAGUGAAGGACUUCAUCAGUUCUGUGGUCCUUAGGAUUAAAGACUGUAGAGACUGUAUUACUGUGACUGUGCAUGUCGGUGUUCACUGCAGCAUGGCGUUGAUUGCUGUUUGGGGAGUCCUAGAGUCUUUCCUGAAAUAACACCUCACGUCAGUGUGUUGUCUUGUGUUUCUCAGGAAAAGUUUGGCUGCCACUAGAAUGUUUCUCAUCAAGAGCAUAAUACUUGAGUAGUGAGAUAUACUUUAAAGAUAGAAUAGACGCAUGUACUCUCUUCUGGUGUUGAGAUUAAUGGCUCAUACUCUCCAUCUUAGUAAAGAGAUUGUUGAUGGACAGUUUUAAAAUAAACAUUGCUUGUCAUGCUGCCUUUGAUAUAGACAUGCUAAUAUCAAUUGUAAGUAUUGUCUAUUAUGUUACUGUUGUUUUUACACUUAGAGAGCCUUUUACAUAUUUCGAAUUUUACGUUUGUUGUUACAUUUGAAAAACAACAUAAACAUGUAGAUGAACUGUUCACUGAAGCAAAGUAAAGGGCUAAAGUAAAGAGACCAGGUUGUGAAUAGCUAGUACUAGCUAGGACUUUAUUUUGUGAAAAACAAGCGGAAUAUUUACCCAUAAUGCCCAUAUUUUCUACUUCUUAAAAUUAACAUUCGCACAAUAGCUUUGCACAUGAAUGCUCCAAUUUGUUUUUGAUAAUUUUUUUCAAAUACUCAUUUAAAUUGAUAAUCCAAACUUUUGAAUUUGUUAUGUUUGUUUAUCAUUGCAGAUUUGUGCCAUGUGGUUUGCCCAAAUGAUCAAAGUUUCUUAAAAUAAACUUUUCACUAUAUGAAGCUUAAUAAAAUACAAAACUAGUUGCAGGGUGGGAGGAGUUAGCUCAAGGAUGACAACGAAUAUGUCAGAUCAAACAGCAAAACCACAAUCAUGCCACCAAGAUGUUCACUAAGUUAAGUGUGGGUACUGGUAGCUCCUGAAGUCCUAGAGUCUUUCCUGCGAUAACCUCGCAUUUUGGUUUCUCUCUUGUGUUUUGUCAAGAAAAGUUUGGUGGUCAUUAGAAUGUUUAUCAAGAGCAUAAUACUUGAGUAGUGGGAUAUGAAAUGAGUAGAAAUGGAGAACGUACUAAAUAAACAACUGAAAGAGUUAUCCAAAGUUCCUAAUUGUUGACCGUUGGCUUUCCUCAGUUUGACUGUCUUGAGUCAUGAUGUGAGUGAUAAGAACUGCAAUGUAACUGAAAGGUUGUGCUGGUAUCUGUACCGGUGACAUGACUGAUGACAUGACUUUGUGCUGGAAUGGGCAUGUCAUGCUCAUGAAAUGUUUGCAGAUCACUUCUGAUUUAACAGCAGAGUUUCCCUUUUGAAUCCAGAGCUUCAUUAGCUUAGUUAGCUGGCAGAAUUCUUUUGCAGGUCACACACACACACAUAGAUAUGAUGUAUAGACUGAGCGAUAGUGACAGAAGUGUCCAUUGGUCUGAAAGAGAUUUACGCCCCAUACUUCUCUUAGUUCAUUUGGACAUCUAGUGACUUGUGUGUGGAUGACCAGCAGCCAUGGAAAUUGCUAAACAAGGUCCCAGCCAGUGUCAAAACCUUAUUGACAAUAGUAAGGGAGUGGUAGAGCUUGCACUUACCUUAACUUUAUGGUACAGAGCAUUCCCCUUCUCUGUGUGUGCGUGCAUGCAUGUGCAUCUCUCACACUGUUAUGGAAUAUUAUAUCAUUUGAAUUUGGUCU